GCUUGCAAUUUUAUUUCUAAUCUGGCAACCUCGCCCACCCCUCUCCUUUCACCUCCCUCUUCCCCCCUCCAAAAGCCCCCUAGAUUUUUUCUUGGAAUAAUGCCUGCUACGACCCAAAAAACGUACCUCGACCCCGCGACGGCGUUCGAUGUCCUCAAGAGCUACGACAGGUCCGACGGGCUCUCCGCGAAGGAGCUCAUGGACUCGCAGCUCCAUGGCGGACUGACGUAUAACGACUUCCUCAUGCUGCCCGGUAAGAUCGAUUUUAGCGCGGCGGAGGUGUCGACGGAGAGUAGGGUGACGAGGAACGUCGUGCUGAAGACGCCGUUUAUGAGUUCGCCCAUGGACACUGUUACUGAGACCGAGAUGGCGAUUUCGAUGGCGCUUCUCGGAGGUAUUGGUGUUAUUCAUCAUAACCAGUCGCCGGCUGCCCAGGCGGCUAUGGUGCGCGCCGUCAAGCGCCACGAGAACGGCUUUAUCACCGAUCCUGUCGUGCUUUCGCCCGAGCACUACGUCGAGGACGUCCUUGAUAUCAAGGCGCGGCUCGGGUUCUGCGGUAUCCCUAUCACGGAUACUGGCUCUAUCGGCGGCAAGCUCGUCGGUAUCGUCACCGGCCGCGACGUUCAGUUCCACUCCGCCACCGCCCGCCUCUCCGAGGUGAUGACCACCCAACUCGUCACAGCGCCCAAAGGCGUCUCCCUCACCGAAGCGAACGACAUCCUCCGCGACUCCAAAAAGGGUAAACUCCCGAUCGUAGACGACCAAGGCCGUCUCGUCUCCCUCCUCGCGCGCUCCGACCUGCUCAAAAAUCAGACGUAUCCCCUCGCGUCGAAGCUCCCGGAGAGUAAGCAGCUCUAUGCCGCUGCGUCGAUCGGAACGAGGGCCGCGGACAAGCUGCGUCUUGAGGCUUUGGUCGAGGCCGGACUCGAUAUCGUCAUUCUUGAUUCGUCCCAGGGUAACUCCGUCUUCCAGGUCGAGAUGAUCCAGUGGUGCAAGAAGACGUACCCCACCCUCGAAGUCAUCGCCGGUAACGUCGUCACGCGCGAACAGGCCGCGACUCUCAUCGCCGCGGGCGCAGACGGCCUCCGUAUCGGUAUGGGCUCCGGCUCGAUCUGUAUCACUCAGGAGGUCAUGGCCGUCGGGCGGCCCCAGGCCACGGCCGUGUACGCCGUCGCCGAGUUUGCGAACAAGUUUGGGGUGCCGGUCGUUGCGGAUGGUGGGAUCUCGAAUAUUGGACAUAUCGUCAAGGCUCUUGCGCUCGGUGCGAGCGCCGUCAUGAUGGGCGGGUUACUGGCGGGUACGACGGAGGCGCCGGGAGAGUACUUCUACCAUGAAGGCAAGCGCGUCAAGGCGUAUCGCGGGAUGGGAUCCCUCGAGGCGAUGGAGCAGGGUAAACCGGGCGCGAAUAAUAAAGUGACUGCGAACGGCAAGUCUUCGUCCUCCAAUAAGUAUCCGCGCUCGAAAUCCGAGGCGGAGAAGCAUGUGCAGGAGAACGCGGCGACGGCGAGGUAUUUCUCGGAGGCGUCGGCGGUCAAGGUCGCGCAGGGUGUUAGUGGGGACGUGCAGGAUAAGGGGAGCGUGAAGGAUUUCUUGCCGUAUUUGUAUGCGGGCGUGCAGCAUUCGUUCCAGGAUAUUGGGGUGAGGAGCUUGCAGGGUCUUAGGGAGGGAGUGGAUGAGGGGAAAGUUAGGUUUGAGUUGAGGACGGCGAGCGCGCAGGUUGAGGGAGGUGUGCAUGGGUUGAAUUCGUAUACCAAACGGUUGUUUGCCUAAUCUGUUGUAGCAUAGUAUAGUCGAGGGUUUUUGGGUUCCCGUCACUGUAUCCGCACUUUGUUUGUUUGUUUGUUCGUUCAUCAUGUCAUUCGCUGCUAUUAGAAUGAAUGAAUUGGAGGUUGUGUCGAUGUACUC